AUGAAAGAUCUGCGGGUUAUCGUUGUCGGAGCCGGCAUAGGCGGCCUUUCGUCGGCUUUGGCUCUUGCCAUGGACGGCCACCAAGUCACCGUGCUAGAAGGGGUCAAAGAAUUUCUCGAGGUUGGUGCUGGGAUCCGCGUCCCUCCAAACUCAUCACGCCUGAGUCGUAGCUGGGGCGUUGACUUUAGCAAAAUCAAGAAGGAGAAAGCUGGCGGGAUUCGCUUCUUGGACUGGACCGGUAAGGUGAUAAAGGAUGUUCCAUACGACGACCUGGAGGCAAAGUAUGGGGCGCCAUACUAUUUCAUCCAUCGAGCAGACCUGAUCAACCUACUCGCCGAGACGGCAUCCCAGCGGAAGAACAUCACCUUGAAAAUGAACAGCCGAGUCAAAGACUACGACUUUGAAACGCCUGCGGUGAUGUUGGCCUCCGGAGAGCGGCUUACAGCGGACCUGAUUAUCUGUGCCGAUGGCAUAAAAUCCGCUGUCCGAAAUACAAUCAAUGGAACGCCCGUAGAGCCUCAAGAUACCGGCGACGUCGCAUAUCGAGUGUUGGUGCCCGCCGAGCCGCUUCUGAACGACCCGGAAACGCGUCAUUUGUUCGACAACGCGUGGGCGAUGCAUUGGCUUGGGCCUGAGGCACAUGCGGUCGGUUACCCUUUGCGCGGUGGCGAGCUCUACAACAUCAUCAUCGACAUAACUCACGCGACCGAUGUGGGUAAACCCAUCGGCGACGAAGAAUGGCGGUCUCAAGCCGACAACACCGAAUUGGUGAAGCGCUUCGCGGACUGGUGUGCCCCCGUGCGGAAGCUCUGCGGACUCACAGGCUCGUACCUCAAAUGGAAGCUUGCCGACUUCGACCACUUGCAAAGAUGGGUCCAUCCGAGCGGGAAAGUCGCAAUCCUCGGCGACGCCUGCCACCCGAUGAUGCCGUACAUGGCGCAAGGAGCAGCGCAGGCCACCGAAGACGCCGCCACCCUGCAAGCUGCUCUCCGGGAGUACGACGACCUCCACGAAGCGUUGAAGGCGUACGAAAGGCAAAGGCUGCCGCGGGCCACGCACGUGGCGAAAAAUACCCGCAUAUUACAGUCCUGGUGGCACCUCUACGACGGAGCCGAAAAGGACAGGCGCGACGAGCUGAUGCAGCACGACAACCUUGACAAUCCCAUGUUUUGGGCGAACUCCCAAAGGAGAGACUGGCUGUUCGGCCACGACGCACUGAGGCUCCAGACGGAAGAUGAAUUGAGACCGCCGUCCUUGGCCCCUACGCCUGCUAAGGGGUCGGGUGUAUACAACGGCGAGAUUACAGACACGGACCUUCGACGAAAAUUUAGAGCCAUGCGUCAGCUCAAUUAG